AUGCACUUCGAAUCAUCUCCAGGUUCUUCGCCAUCAAAGUCGCUGCCCAUCAGCAUCUCGCCUAGAAACAUGUCUUCACCAACAUCAUCGCUUUACAGCAACUACUCUACCGAGGCUUCAUCAUCUCGUGGCUCAACAUGUGCUUACCCAUCAUGGCCUACGGGUCCAUCGCUGGACCAUCGCAGCGCACCAUCCUCUUACAUUAGCGACGCAGACCUCUUUGGUGAGGACUUUGACGACGACUUCGCCUGCCCGUUCCUCGACAAGGCUCCUGCUCCACCACGCGUGUACCCCACGGCGACAGCACUCCCCGUCCUGCCACCACUGUACGCACCCAAGAAGCCCAAGAGCGAGCGUCGUCGCAGCAGUGGCAAGCAGCGCCGCACUUCCAAGCCCAUGACUCCCAUCUCCGAGUCGCCAGAGCAGUGUUAUUUACCUUUUUGUGACUACAUCAACGUCAUCAUUGCAGGCGCGCGCGUCAGCAUCGCGUUGGCAUGGCUGAGUCCCAUGAGCUAUCCAGCCCUCACCAUGUCGACUGGAUUAAGACAGCGCGCGAAUUCCAAUUCCAUGAAAAGCAACUCGGUUCGCUCCACAGACGUUAAACUCAAGCCUCCGACGCCGGGCCAAGAUGAGUUCGCAUUCGAGCCCUGUGCAGCAACAGGCUCGUUCCUGCUCUAUGCGCAACGGAACGUAAUACUAUGCCUUCACCACGACACAUUGGCGGUAGAAAGACGCUUUGAUAGACAUCGGGAAGAUGUAUCGUGGAUAUCAGUCGACACAACAAGUGAAAGAGGAGCGGGCCGAUUAGUUGUUUCCUACGAUGCCGGCUCGACUGCAAUUGUGUGGGACUUGUUCACUGGCGACGAGGUGGCGAGAUUUGCAUCGUACGAGCAGAUCCGUGUUGCGACGUGGAUGCGGAAUGGAAACGUUGCUUUUGGGAAUGCGCAGGGCAACAUCAUCCUGUUCGAGCCUUCUACAUCCGAACAUCUCUCAGCUAGAACCAUCUUCGACCCCAUCACAGCACUGGCACCAGCUUCAGACUGCAGAACAUUCGCCAUUGGAUACCUCAAUGGCUCCAUCCUAAUUGCCACCCUACAGCCAUCCUUCACUAUCCUGCACACCCUCACCACUCCAAGAAACCCCUCCCCUAUUGCGGGUCUCGCCUGGCAUGGCUCCUCAUCCAAGCAAAAGUCCGAGAUGUUGGCCGCCCAAACAUCAGACGGCGACCUCCGAGUAUGGAGCGUUCCCAAGGCCCAGCAUGGCAGCGAUGCCCCAUGUGUGAUUCGUGUUCUCAACCAAAAGGAACAGAGGGAGCCCGGCCCCUGCUGGUUCGCGUGGUCGAAGAACGGCAGAAUCGUGCAGUACACCGAAGGUCAAACUUGUGCAUGGGAUGUCCGUACCAAACGAGUAUCCUACGAAACUGUGCCAACGACUGACGGCAUCGCUGCUAUCUGCAACUACGGUCCCACCGCCACUCUUUUCACCAUCGGGCGUAACUCCAGUAUCCAACAAUACGACAUCAACCCCAGUAACGGCCCCGCCACCAUGGUAGCUAACGUUCAGCAUGCACCCGCUAACACGCCUCCAUCCCCGCCCAGCUCUCUAGAUGAACAGAAGCAGCAAAUGGAGACACCGCUUACUGCCCUCCCGUCUAAGACAAUUCCACUAAUGCUUGCCGAGUCAGAAAGCAGUGCCGAUGAAGGCGUCGCCAUGUCGCCGCUGCAGAAGAUUGCCCUAGAGAUGGACCAGUUGGAGGAAGAGCGCCGUGAUCGUGUGGGGCCCCUCAGUCCCGUCUCCAGUCGAGGCUCCCAGAGCUCACGAUCAUCUGGUAGCGGCCGUGCCCCACGUUACCGAUACGACAGACCAUCACAUGGCUCAGCAUCACAACGGUCUACCAGAUCUAAGAGCUCGGGUGGUUCUGGUACGAUCUUCUCGUCCGGUACCUCCUCCCUUACUGGCACUUCAACACGCGAGAGCGUAUCCAUCCGAUCAAUAUCAUCAGCCGCAUCCUCCUCCAGAUACGGCUCUUCAGCUCUGCGCAAGGAGGUUCUCAGAAGCCCAGACGAGUCCAAGAAGAACCAACAUAUGGAUCUCUUCCCUUUCACUAAAACGAGGCUGAGCGACGUACCCUUCCGCCCCACGGAUCUCGGACCAGAACGCACUCCAGACGAUCUACGACGCAACAUGCUCAAGGUUGUGUUUGGCUGGGACCAGGACAUUGAGGAUCUAGUGCAAGAUGAACUAGCACGUCACGCUCCUGGUUCAGCCGCUGCCGUCCUUCUCUCAAAGUGGCUUGGUGACCUCGGCGCAGACCUCAUGGCUUCCAUGGUCGGCUCUGAGUCAAUGACCUCCUCUGACUGGAUGUUGCUGGCUUUGAGCAACAUGGGCCAGGGCUCACAGAAGAAAGUCGGUGAGGCCUUCGUUCAGCGUCUCCUAGAGAAGGGCGACAUUCACCCUGCCGUCGCGAUCUUCCUCGGACUGGGUGAGCACAACGACGCUAUCGAGGUCUACGUGUCUCGUAAAUACUACAUGGAGGCUAUUUUACUGACAUGUUUGACAUUCCCAACUGACUGGCAAAGGCAAUCGUUCCUUGUCCGGAAAUGGGGAGAGUACGCGGUACAACACGGCAAAGCGGAGUUGGCAGUGCGAUGUUUCUCAUGCAUGGGUCUCGAAACCACAGAGCCCUGGUUCUCACCUCGUGCACAGGAUGCUGUUUUCUCCGCGCAGAAGCAAGCGCUUCUUGGCUCACAGAUGAGCCCGCCUUUGUCGCCCCCUAGUGGCAGUGUUGGCAGUAGCCGAGUGGCGGCUAGGAUGGCCUCACUCAAACUAGUUACUGACUUCACUCGCGGUCCCCAGCCUAAGCAGAUCGUCCGAGAGGAAGACGAAAAGACACCCAUGCAUGCGGGUGUCACGCCUAUCGCUGAGUCAGCUAUCAGCCCGGCUGUAGGCCACCACGCUUGGCUUGGUCGUGCUGCCCGCGAUGCCUCUCGAGAGCCUUCAUCGGCACGAACUGCAACACCAGGAUCUUAUGGUAGGAAGCGCUUCCCUUCGCGAUCCGACAAUGGUCGCAAAACUACGAACAAUGAAAUCCUCGCAUCAUUGGCCAUCCCCGACCGGGGACAGCGUGGUGAAUCCCAUCCGAGAACUGCCGUUGACAACAUCGGUCGUGAAGCCGAGACAUUGCCAUUUUCAACACGCCGAGCAACAAGUGGUUCUAAAGACUUUGUCCUCUCUGCGACAACUUUCAACCCAGGAAAAUCAAGCGACCACCUACCCUCUCCAGCAGUAGGCGUAUUCGAUGCUCUCAAGGAGAAACACAGCGAGUCUCGCGGCAGCUCUCGAAGCCGAAACAUACAAGAGCUCCACCUGGACAUGAAGGACAACAUAGUUGAAAUCGGCCCAGAAACAGGAUAUACAAACAGACUCAGCCCACCACUGACCGGCGCAAGCAUCAAGAGCGCUAAGGCGCGCAGCAUUGAUCAAUACAUCAGCAGUCUAGACGAGGCCAAUCAUUAUUCUCAGAACCGCACCAACUCGAGGAACGAGGAAAGGCCUGCUUCGCGAACUGCGCGCACUCGCAGUCGCACUCGCGAAGAGUCGCAAAAUCGUGGAAGAUCAGGUGUUCGCUAUAUCCGCCCUGCCAAACGUUCUCCCUCCUCGCCUGUUCCGAUGUCUCCAGAAGAUGCGGGAAUCUACUCCAUGAAUAAGAAGGAAGCGGGAACCAGUACAGAAGAUUUCGAUGAUGAGAGGUUUUACAAGAUGAGCAUUGCUUCUCCUGUUGUCACGGAGUCUGUUGCCAGCACCCGCACCGCUCGCAGCCGAGCACGACAAGGAGUAAGCAAGACAAGAUCCUCAUCCAAAGCAGCUACACGCCGUACCGAGUCUCCCGAAGGAGCCACACGGGCCCGAAGCAAAGGUACUAGCCGCGCAUCAAGUCGUCGCCCGGCUGAAGGUCGCGGACGAAGCGCUGUUCGUGGUGAGCACUCUCCCGUGUCUCCCCAACCCAUGCAACGCGACGACGCCGAGGCAUUCAUUGACUAUGAGCCUGUUCGCCCGCGUCAUCGCAGCGGAAGCCGCCGGCCCUCAGGAAGCGCUGCAGACAGUCGUCGAGAAACUUCCCCAGAGCGACGUGCACCACGAGAUCGAUCCAUGAGCCGAAAAGCUACGCCGGCUCUGAGGGAAUCCAGCCGGACCAGGGGUUACGGGCGAGAUGCUUCUCCUGAAUCCUUGACUUCGGGACGUUCCGGUGUAUCGCGCAUGCGCCCUCCCACAUUGUCAAGAAGGGCUCUAGCUGCUCGUGAACUCGAGGAGCGCAGGCUAUCUUUGGCUCGGCGGCCAUCCGCUCCUGUCAUUCCUCAUCCGGGAGAUCUUGCCUUCCGACCAAUAUCCCACGAGCGAUCAAACACUGAUGACAUGCUGAACUCGAUGUCGCUUUAUCGUGAUCCAAUCCAGAGAAGCCAAACAGCGGAUCCGGAAAUGACCAAGAGGUACUCACCUACCAACAGGAUGGGCGGUGCAGGGCCGACAUCGACAACAUCUGUACCUAUCGGUCUUCCAGCGAACCCCCGCGCCAUGCGUCAUCCAAGAUACAUGACCGCCGACCCGAACGAGGAAGAUGACAUUCCAGCAGUGCCAAGUAUUCCGGACAAUAUGCAACAUCAAGGAUCGAACUCCACCGAAACAGACGACAUCGGGCCUCUGCUUCCCGCAACCACUUUCGGCCAGCCUAUUGCACCUCCCUCCCGAUCCGUGUCAGCACCUCCACAGGACAUACUUCCAUCUAGUUCUUACAACUCGCCUACCUACCCUUCAAUAGGCAGACGCCCUUCUCUAGGUGGAUCUCGUGGUCAUGCUCGACAAAACACCAUGCCCGACGUCCUACCCCAGAUAAACUACAAGCGUCACAGCCCGCCCCCGAUCACUGCUAGCAUUGCCGAGACGAUCCACGAAAGCCAAGCUCACGAAAAUCAAGUCAUAGUCAUUGACCAAGAUGACCGUGAUCGUGCGCCACCUCUGCUAUCUCAACUCCAGCACCUAGCAAUUCCACCGCCACCGCCUCCACCACCGCUAAACCUCGGUGGCGGCAACGGCAUCGGUAUGAUCAACAUUGCCAUCGAAGGAAACAGUCCAAGCGAGAAGCCUAUGGAAGUGUCACCUACUCAAGCUUCCGCCACUGGCUCCCCACAUGCUCACCGUCGGGGACGCGGCAGUCACCAGUCGAGGGCCUCAGCGCGCCAAAUCCCCGCCUGUUACUCGCGCUGA